AUGUUCAAAUCCCACCCCUGGGUUCUCAAAGUCCUCACCUACGCCCUCAUCCCGCUCAAUCUCUCCCUCUUCACGCUCAUCAUCCUCCUCACGCACGCCUACAUCCACCCCACCACCUCCGCCCCUCCUACUACCUCCGCUCCCACGGCGCCCGCACCUUCACCAUCCUCACCAUCAGCACCAUCACCGCCAGCGCGCUCACAGGCCUCCUCAACGCCCUCCUCCUCCACCACACGCUCACCUCCCACCCCCGCCGCUACGACUCCUUCAAGCGCACCCUCACCGUCCACCUCCCCGCUUCCGCCUCCGCACACACUACCUCCACUCGCCUUCCGCGCGCCCUUCCAGGAAAUGGCAUGGGCAGGGGCAUGCAGCGGAUACGCGCUCAUGGCCGAGGUGGAGGUUCUACCGGGCUGGUACGACGGCGGCAACGGCAGCGUGUUCGGCGCGAGUAGUCGCGUGCGGUACUGGAAGGACGGGGAGGAGGUGGGGGUGAUGGAGCUGGUGCGGCACUAUCGCAUGGAGCCCGGGUUUAACCUGUACCGCAGGGGCGCGCCGGAGCGGGAGCGGUUUGAUAAGCUGGCUGGGUGGGGGCUGCUGGAUAUGAGGUUGGUGGUGGGCGAGGGGGCGGGCAGGUAUUGGGGUGGGGGGAAUGGGACGGGGAAUGGGACGGUGGGCGGGGUGGUGGGGAAUGGGACGGUGGCGGCGAGGGGGAGGGUGGGCGAGGUUAGGCUGGAUUUGAAGUCGUCGACCUACGACGCAACCUACACAAACACCAGCCACCCGCACCUGCGCGGCAGCUACGACAUCCUGCCCAAGAACCUCACCUUCCCGGGGCUGCAUCUGCUGCACGCCCAGGAGGGGAAGGAAUGGCGCUUCACGGACCACGUGUGUCUGCCGCCGCGCAUCUCGCUCGGCGAUCCCGACCGCCAGACGAAGGAGGAUGUCCAUGGCGAGUUGAGCGACGACUGUACUAAGUACCGGCUGUGUGCGCUGAAACGCGCAUAUCCAAACACCGAGAAGCGAGCGGACGGGAGCAAGGAGCUAGCGGGAGGCGAGGGCGAGGGGUGGAGGGAGUGGUGGGCGUGGGUGGAGGAUGUGUGGCCGAUUGUGACUGGGGUUGUGGCCUGGGAGGUCGAGAAGUAUUCGGCGUGUUGUGUACGGAAUGACGGAUACCCUGACUGGUUGGAGUGGGAUAAAUGGUUUCUCUUUGACCGUGGGGGCCGGACAAUACAAUGCCAUUUUAUUUCCCACUCGAGAGACAGCGCGGGUGCGAGUGUGUGUGUGUGUGGUUCUGAGUUGGGUUAG